ACAUCGGCAGCCCAGCAAUCGUAGCUGGCACAUCAUUCCAGCGGAUAUGUGGAGCACCAGCAAAACCCCUCGCUGGCUUGUUGCCGGAGAACCAGGAUCUUUCUGUUUCUACGAAUCGCUCGCUGGAUUCCGGCUGUAAGGAGCAACAAGUGCAUAAGCGCGUGGGAGAAAAGAUAAUGUCAUUAGACGCUUAGGUAUCCGAGGAGGGAAAAGUUAUUGAAGGGAACCUCAGAGUGCUGCCGACGCAGAAAGGAAACAGAUUACCAGGCACCUUUACCUGUGCUUUUUGUCUUCCCAACAACUUGUGUACGGUUUUCAAUCCAUGCUGCAUCUUUAAAGAAUGGCCGCAAAGCUGGUAUUAGUCCUGCAGUUGACCGUGUGCUUGAGUUAUCACUUCGGGAUUGUCGCAACCGAGGAGCCCCCCCGAGGCACCCAGGACAGCGGUUCCGCGGCUGGGCAUGCCCCUGACGUACCGGCGUCGGACAGCUUUACCCGAGACACGCUGACGAGCCGUAUGUUCAAACUGUACGACAAAUACAGCCGAGAACUUAAUCGUCCGAGAGACGGAAAUACUGUGCGAAGUUUCAGGGCGAUUCCAGACGGUGGGAAAGAGAAAGAUUUGUUCCAGUUUAACGUGACCUUCGUCCAAGACUCAGAGGUGAUACUCUCUGCUGCUUUCCACUUCUUCUUCGACCAUCGUCCCUGGCAGAGGUCCUGGCACUGUAAGCGCUCCCAGAGCCCGGCCUGCCAUGUCCCGGUCCUCCAGCAGAUGGCGCCAGUCCGAGUCCUUUUCUGGAGCCAAUCCCGGGAUGGUGCUGACGGCAUGCUUCUGGGAAAUGUCACCUUCAUGCCGCCCAGGAGGGGAGCGUGGCUUACAAGGGACAUAUCGGACAUUGUCAAGCAGGCCCAGGCCACAGGGGAGCCAUUAAUCAUGGCGGAGUUCGAUUUCAGUAGGAAGUAUCUGAGGCGUACUGAGCGGCUGUCCUCAAUGGCCCUUCCCUACUUGUUAGUCUUUGCUGAAGACCUAUCCAUUUCAGAGCCCAACAGCGUGGCCUCCAGCUUGCAGCGCUAUGGCCCGUUCCCAGGCGCUGAGGAGCCGGCUCGUUCCCCCAAUGCCUACCCCAAAUCACGAAUCAGGAGGGAUGCACAGUCCUCGAACCCCAUCCGCAACAACGAGCUCCCUGAAGUGGAGCACGGCGCCUGGAAGAAUCACAAGAUGUGGGAGAGCUCCUACCUGGCUCCGAAGCCCAAGGUCCCACAGAAGGAGCACAGGAGAAGGGAUCCUGAAGGCGGCCUGGACCCGGGGGCACCCCAGGUGCUCAGCUUCGAUGAGGAGACCAUGCGGAAGGCCCGGCGGCGGCAGUGGAGCGAGCCGCGUGUCUGCACCAGGCGCUACCUAAGGGUUGACUUCGCCGACAUUGGCUGGAGCGAAUGGAUUCUUGCCCCCAAGGCCUUCGAUGCCUACUACUGCGCUGGGGCCUGCGGAUUCCCCAUGCCCAAGGUUGUUCGUCCUUCCAACCACGCCACCAUCCAGAGCAUCGUGAGGGCGGUGGGGAUCACCCCGGGGGUGCCCGAGCCCUGCUGCGUCCCUGAGCGGAUGGGCGCCCUGAGUGUCCUGUUCCUGGACGAGAGCAGGAACAUGGUCCUGAAAGUGUACCCCAGCAUGUCUGUGGAGACCUGCAGCUGCCGAUAGGUGGGGGCUCCGGGACAGGGCAUGGCAGGAUGGCAGGCUCAUGGACCGCUCGCCACAGCACGGGGGGGUGGGGGUAUGAGAGGGACAGAGUGUGUUGGCACUGGCAGCACCAGGGGUGGCGCCCUGAACAUUAGCCAGUGCAUCCUGGGGCGUGACUAUUCUCACAUGCUCAGAUCGCCGUUACCGUCUCUAAAAUCUAACUGCAAAACUUUCCCUGCCACAUGUGAUUGCAGUGCUGCAGUGGCUCUCUGUGCUCCCACGUCAGCAUAAUGUACACACACAUCUUGUGUUGUUUGCAUGCUCUCACUUGGUACACAGACAUUGAUUUCCUAUACACUGUUUUACACAGUCAUUCACAUUUUAUCCUUCCUUUUAUAUAGUUACAUAGUGCAUAUUGUGCCCAGUCACACUAUAUGUGGUGCUGCAGAUAGUCACUGACUUCCUGUCUUGUGUUAUACAGUCACUCACUUCCUGUGCCGUGUUGUACUCAGUCACUCACUUCCUCUUUUGUUAUACAGUCAUUCACUUCCUGUCUUGUGUUAUACAGUCACUCACUUCCUGUCUUGAGUUAUGCAGUCAAUCACUUCCUGUGCCAUGUUGUACACAGUCACUCACUUCCUGCCUUGUGUUAUACAAUCAAUAGGUGAAUCUGAAAACCAAGAACGCAAACACCCUACUUGUGGUCUUGGGAAGACCGGUCUUGUGAACUUUCCUUCCAAAACUGACGCAAACUGACAUUCACCCAAUCACUUCCUGUGCCAUGUUCUAUACAGUCACUCACUUCCUGUUUCAAUGACGUCCUCGCAGCAUGGACAUGUCAGUGGACAAUAUUUAACUGACUCCACAUGUACAAAAUCUCAACGUAUAAUCAGUAUUUUGGUUAUUUUUGUACCUAUCACCCAUUCAUGUACAGUACUUAAUAAUUUUCAGGAUCGUUUUUAUUCAUCCCUUAGCUGUUUCACUCUAUUCACGUAACUGAGAAAAAAAAAGAAAUUUCAGUGUUGAUGGUUGAUGUAAACGCAGCCACUAUGCAUAGAUGACGUUAGCUGUAUUUAGGUAGCAAACUAAACGUAAGAAUAAAUAUUAACAGGCUAACGAUAUUUAAACAGAAAGAGAUCACAUUAUAAUGUCAUUAUACAAACUUACUACCCUGCAUAAAAAGAAAAAGUAUAUAUGUAUGUUUUAUCUUUUA